AUGGAUACCCUCAGUCGCCUUCAUGCUUCCGUGACUCAGACUAUUGAGAAUGCCUUCGAGACCGCGUGCGAACAGCUGGAAGCUGAGCUUUUGCACCAUGAAGAACGCGCCCGCAAAGCCGAGGAGCGCGCUCAAUUGGCGGAAGAAGCACGAGAUGUUGCAUCAGCAGAGAUUGAAGCACUGAAGAGAGAGAUCGAAAAUUUGCGCGAAGAGCUGAACCAAAAAGACACCGAUUUAGAGUCGAUCAAGACGUGCCAGCGAUUGAAAGAGAGAUAUUCUCCGCAGCAUCUUCUAGCUCUCCCUGACAUUGAAGAUCCAAGCAGCCGGAAACUCGAUGAAAAGGAGCGUGCGGUCUUGGGUGGCAAAUAUGUCGAGCUAUAUGAUGACGCCCAAACACUGGCAACGAGCUCGGGAGCGCUAAGGCAGAGAAUCAAACAGCACAAGCAGAAGUUGUGCGACUGGAAUGAACGCCUCCUCAAUGACCAGUUUACUAUUACAGCAAAUAAUGGGACGAUAGUCAGAUUUAAACGCGUCCAAUGUUCUGCCGGAGGCCAACGUCCUACCAGACACACGCUUGACCAUGAAGUCACGGACAGAGCUUUGACUCCAAGACUACCCAGCCCAAAGACUAGAUCAGCUGGCGAUGAGAGAACCGAAACUUUCCAAACAGGCCAUGCGCCAUUGCAGCCUGCACAAACUGAUCUAUCCGAGUUAGCAUCGACCCAGUCUGGCUCUUCGCCUGGUGGAGAACGGGAGGCUAUCGAGAGAGACACUCCUGCCGCCGACGAUACACACGCAGCGGGGACAUUGAAGCGAAAGCGAGCUUUUCGUCAGGGCGUUUCUGGAACCCGUGAUUGUGGUGUGAUGCAAAAAGUUAUCGAACCCAUCCUUAUCAAAAGUGAAAGCCUCUCCUCUAGUCCACCUCGGGCAUUUUCAGUGCCUAUUGGGACGCAAGAUUUGGAUGAGGUUGGCGACACCGUGGAAACCCCGACAAGAAAGAAGGCCCGCGGCACGGUUCAAUUCCAAGACGGUGCGCAGUCUCCCACGAGGUCUCGGAAUGACUGGCACUCUAGCAACUUCAAGACACCUUCAAAGAGAUCCAGCAUUCUUCAGCCUCUGGACACUAACCGACCAGUCCAUAGUCGCGUCUCGGACAGGUCUGUUGGGAAAAGCUCCGAGAAGCCGAAGAAGUAUGCUAUAUCUGCGCUCGCAGAAGAUGGCGAUGAGAACAACAUUGAUUUCCGUGGAAGGAAACGACCCACAAAUCCUGUAUCUGCAUACAAACUACAGUCGACAACACCCAAAACAGACAAUGUUUCGACAACGCGGCGGUUAGACGAUCUCCUAGAGCAACCGUUACCUCCAAGACAGCCUUUAUUAUCUAAAGGAAAGACGAAGACGAAACACGACAGGGCGGCGGUACCUGCCGCAGCAUUGCGUGGCCCGGAGGCUCGAAAUAUUGUUCCUGCAGCACGACCCGUGCACAGAAGCCCCAACCCAGAGGACCAAACAUCGAAGGUCACUUAUCCGCUUUACGAAGACACCGAGCCUUCGCCAGUGCUUCCGGAAGAAGAACCAUAUAGAUGUCGACCGUUGCACCGGCUUGAAUUAGACCAUUUCAAGAUCAAUCCCGAUUAUAACCAGGGGUUGGACUAUGCGUUUGAUGAGGUUGUCCGCAAAAAGGAUGAGCGCAAAUGUUUAUCAGGUUGCAUGCGUCCGGGCUGCUGCGGGGACAAAUUCCGAACCAUGGCCCGAUUAAACUACAAGACUUCUCCCGCGGAAGAUCGGAAGAUUCUAGAGGAAUACCUGGGCGACGACAAGCAUUUACUCGACGGAUUGACUGAAGAAGAGCGGAAGAUGUACCUGGAAGAUGCGAAAGCAAGACGCCUGGCCAAUUCUUUCGGAAAACAUAGACACAAUCAUCAGCGAUCAAGCACACCACCGGGAUUCUGGCGAACCGACAUGCCUGACACUCAGGAGUUGGAGCAAGACCGACAGGAAGCGAAAAAGCUCGAACGAGAGAAGAUCAAGGAGCGAUAUCGAGAGGCGAUGCGCCCAGGUGGACGUCGGGAUUUCUGGAGCCCCAGAGGGACCUCGGCAUUGAUGGCUUGGCAGACGGGGAAACACGUGCUCUGGGGCUCCCUCACUUAUCCGGACGUCACAUCCCUUUCACCUUACCUCUCCAUCUGCUGGCUGCUCUUACACGCCUUGUUUGAGAUGGAGUCUGCAUGGAACACCAAGAAUCGGGUGCCUCCUGCCCUUUGGCAGCCAUCCAAAUGGCUGCCCAUGUACGAGGACUUUGUGACGAAAAACGCUAGCACCGUGGGACAGGUAGAGUCAGCUCUGCGGUCACUGACUUAUAUCAUUCCAGGACGAUACCGGGAUUCCGAGAUAUCAUCAGAAUGCGUACAUUCGGGUGUGCAGCUUCUCUCUCUAUACCAUGACAGCCUUGUCUCCAAAGUAAUAUCCAGACUACCCCCGACCGUUCCGCGACCAACCCCAACACCGCACUCUCGGUAUACCAAGUACUGGUCAUCCAAAUCCUCCCUGUACCAUCGGGUCGCCCUCACACUCCAAAUGGUUCAAUAUACAGAACUCCUCUGGGAAAUGAUCGCGCGGCGACGGGGCGAGAAAGUCCGCUGGCGGAUUGUCGUCCUUAUCGAAGUCGUCAAAGCGAUCUGCCGUCUCUUUCUAUUACGCCUCACGAACUCCCGGCCCCUAGUCAGCCCUCCUCUACCCGAACGUGAGGUGGACCCCAGGACUACGGAAGAAGAGGAAAGUGAUUGGAAUGGCAUGCAAACUCCUGUCAGCGAGGGUUCGUCUGACCUGAGUUGGACCAUGCCUCGCACGGGACUUUCCCUCCCCACUCUUCCUGACGUGAACGACGUGUCGAAUUACCUCAUCUCGAAGGUGCUUACGGCGGAUGAUAUCAAACCCCCCAAAGCUCUCCUUCAUCGAGUCACCGGCCAAGGGCAACUCGCCGAAGUGCUCUACAUUCUUCGACCAGUGGUCUACGCAUUGGCACUGCAAAGAUGGAGUGGGGAUAAGCGCAGCUGGAGACCCUGGCUUAUUGGUUUUGGAAUGGAAUACGGUUGUCGGCAACUGGCAAAGGCGGACUUCCGCGAGAGAGUCGCCGGCGGUCUCCGGGGACUUACUGGCCUCGAGCGCGAGGAGUUACGAAAGAGAGGCUGGGCGAUGGGUUGGUGGUUUAUGCGGGGUGCAUUCUACGAGAACAUCACUCAACCUUGGUUGAAGGGAUUGACUGGCAAGAUGAAGGGCAAGCCCCUCCUUGACUUGGUUGGCAGCGUCAUCGAGGACUACGAAUACCUCUGGGACAACUUCUACUUCCCGACCGCGACUUUGUAA